AUGGCCGGCGGUGCUCAGAAAGCCGCCAAGGUGGCGUCGUCCGUCGUUCCGCUCGCCCAAACAUUGACUCGUUCGCGACAGAAAUACACCCUCCAGUCCACCGGGUUCUGGGAGUUCGUCCGCCGCACCCUCGCCGUCGACCCCAACCGUUCCACCGGUGUCCCCUUGAACUCCCAGUACCGUCUCCCGACUCCCGGUUCCAUCCCUCCCCUGGCUUACGAUGACCCCGUCACCGUUCCGGCCGGUGACAUUGCCGACAACCCCUACUGGAAGCGCGAUGUCCGAAGGAAUUACCCGAAACUGAGCACCGUGACCCAGGCCGAUGCCGUUGGCCUGUUGACCGUCGGCAGCCAGGCUGCUCCCAAGGACGAUGUUCUGCAGAUUGGCGAGGCUGGCGAGAAGCAAAUUGCCGAGGUCAAGGAGCAGGGCCAAGACCGUGGUCUGUCUGCGUUCUUUGAGAAGGACAAGAGCACUGUCGUCAGUGUUCUUGGCGCCAAUGGUCUCCCUCCUACCCCCGCCAACCUCAACACUGUUCCUAAGGAGAACCAGUCUAAGUAUGAUCUUGACUCGGAGCACGGUUAUCCCGAGAAGUAUGUUGUCCUUGUGGGACUCUUUAUGGAUGCCUUGAGACUAACGGUUGUUUUUAGGUACCCCUGCCGCAUGUUUAUUUGA